CAGGCGUCGCCGCCGCGCUUCCGGGCGCCGUUCAAGGUGAGCCAGGGUCUCCGAGAAGCUGCUCGCACUCCGUACUCUUAAGUCCCCUUUCCGGAAGGGACCCAUACCCCGCAGCUCGCAGCCUAGCGUGCCAAGUGCCCAAGCCCGGGUGCCCAGGAGAAGGCCAGGCAGCCACCAGAGGAAGCAGAGCCGUGGGACGUGUGGGUCCCGGCGAGGCCCAACCGCCUCUAGACCCUGCGAGUGGGCUUUGCUGCGCGGGUGAUGAAUUCCCUCCCUGCUACCAGUAGGAUGCAGAAGAUCUCGGUGCUGCUCUUCCUGGCCUGGGUCAGCUUCCUCUUCUACGCCGGCAUUGCCCUCUUCACCAGUGGCUUCCUGCUCACUCGUUUGGAACUCACCAACCAUAGCAGCUGCCACGAGCCCCCAGGCCCUGGGUCCCUGCCAUGGGGGAGCCAAGGGAAGCCUGGGGCCUGCUGGAUGGCUUCUAGAUUCUCUCGGCUUGUGUUGGUGCUGGUAGAUGCUCUGCGAUUUGACUUUGCGCAGCCCCAGCCCUCACACGGUCCUGGAGAGCCUCCUGUCUCUCUGCCUUUCCUGGGCAAACUGAACUCCUUGCAAAGAAUCCUGGAGAUUCAGCCCCACCAUGCCAGGCUCUACCAAUCUAAGGCUGAUCCCCCCACUACCACCAUGCAGCGCCUCAAGGCCCUCACCACAGGCUCACUGCCUACCUUUAUCGAUGCUGGCAGUAACUUUGCCAGCUAUGCCAUAGUGGAAGACAAUCUCAUUAAACAGCUCACCAAUGCAGGAAGGCACGUGGUCUUCAUGGGAGAUGAUACCUGGAAAGAUCUUUUUCCUGGAGCUUUCUCCCAAGCUUUCUUCUUCCCAUCCUUCAAUGUCAGAGACCUGCACACCGUGGACAAUGGCAUCCUGGAACAUCUCUAUCCAACCAUGGACGGUGGUGAAUGGGAUGUACUGAUUGCUCAUUUCCUGGGUGUGGAUCACUGUGGCCACAAGUAUGGCCCUCACCACCCUGAAAUGGCCAAGAAGCUUAGCCAGAUGGACCAGGUGAUCCAGGGACUUGUGGAGCGUCUGGAGAAUGACACACUAUUGGUCGUGAUUGGGGACCACGGGAUGACCAUAACUGGGGACCACGGAGGGGACAGUGACCUGGAGAUCUCAGCUGCACUUUUUCUGUAUAGUCCCAAAGCCCUCUUCCCCCGUGUCCCGCCAAAGGAGCCGGAGAUAGUUCCUCAAAUCAGCCUUGUGCCUACGCUGGCCCUGUUGCUGGGCCUGCCCAUUCCAUUUGGAAACAUUGGGGAAGUGAUGGCUGAGCUGUUCGCAGAGGCUGAAGACUCUCAGCCUCACUCCUCUGCUCUGGCCCAAGCCUCAGCUCUCCAUCUGAAUGCCCAGCAGGUAUCCCGGUUUCUUCACACCUACUCAGCUGCUGCUCAGAACCUUCAAGUGAAGGAGCUUCAUCAGCUUCAGAACCUUUUCUCCAAGGCCUCUGCUGACUACCAGCGACUUCUCCAGAGUCCCCAGGGGGCUGAGGCAGCACUACAGACUGUGAUCACUGAGCUGCAGCAGUUCCUGCGGGGAGUUCGGGCUAUGUGCAUUGAGUCUUGGGCUCGUUUCUCUCUGGGUCGCAUGGCCGGGGGUGCCGCUCUCCUGGCUGCUGCCUGCUUUCUUUGUCUGCUGGUAUCCCAGUGGGCAACAUACCCAGGCUUCCACCCCCUCCUCCUAACACCCAUGGCCUGUGGUCUGGCUAGUACCAUAGUGUGUGCUGGACUCCUGGCAACUACUGGGCUGAAGCUGGAUCCAGUGGUUCUAGGGGCCAUGGCUGCAGUGGGCUCACUCCUGCCUUUUCUGUGGAAAGCCUGGGCUGGCUGGGGGUCCAAGAGGCCCCUGGCAGCCCUGUUUCCCAUCCCUGGGCCCGUCCUGUUAUUCCUGCUCAUUCGUUUUGCUGCUUUCUUCUCUGAUAGCUUUGUUGUAGCUGAGGCCAGGGCCACCCCCUUCCUUUUGGGCUCACUCAUCUUGCUCCUGGUUGCCCAACUUCACUGGGAGGGCAAGCUGCUGCCACCUAAGCUUCUCACAAUACCCCGCCUUUGCUUUUCAGCCUCGGCAGGCCAGCCACGGCACAGUGGCACACAUGCCUUAGGACUUGGAGUUGGGUUGCUUUUAUGUAUAAGGCUAGCUGGGCUUUUUCAUCGCUGCCCUGAAGAGACACCUGCUUGCCAUUCCUCUCCCUGGCUGAGUCCCUUGGCAUCCAUGGUGGGUGGUCGAGCCAAGAAUUUGUGGUAUGGGGCUUGUGUGGGGGCUUUGGUAGCCCUAUUAGCUGCUGUGCGCCUGUGGCUUUGCCGCUAUAGCAAUCUCAAGAGUCCUGAGCCCUCUGUGCUGUUUGUGCGCUGGGGGCUGCCCCUCAUGGUACUGGGCACUGCUGCCUACUGGGCACUGGCAUCAGGGGCAGAUGAAGCGCCCCCACGUCUCCGGGCCUUGGUUGCUGGGGCAUCAGUUGUGCUACCUAGGGCUGUGGCAGGCUUGGCCGCUUCGGGGCUCAUGCUGCUGCUCUGGAGGCCUGUGACAGUGCUAGUGAAGGCUACGACGGGUACUCCCAGGACCAGGACUGUCCUUACUCCCUUCUCAGGCCCCCCCACUUCUCAGGCUGACCUGGAUUAUGUGGUUCCUCAAAUCUACCGACAUAUGCAGGAGGAGUUCCGGGGCCGUCUAGAGAGGACCAAAUCCCAAGGUCCCCUGACUGUGGCAGCCUAUCAGUUGGGGAGUGUCUACUCAGCUGCUAUGGUCACGGCUCUCACCCUCUUGGCCUUCCCGCUUCUACUAUUGCAUGCAGAGCGCAUUAGCCUUGUGUUCCUGCUUCUGUUUCUUCAGAGCUUCCUGCUCCUGCAUCUGCUUGCUGCUGGGAUACCCAUCACCACCCCUGGUCCUUUUACUGUUCCGUGGCAGGCAGUCUCUGCUUGGGCCCUCAUGGCCACACAGACCUUCUACUCCUUGGGCCAUCAGCCUGUCUUUCCGGCCAUUCAUUGGCACGCAGCCUUCGUGGGAUUCCCAGAGGGUCAUGGGUCCUCCACCUGGCUGCCUGCUCUGCUGGUGGGAGCCAACACCUUUGCCUCCCAUCUCCUCUUUGCAGUAGGUUGCCCUUUGCUUCUGCUCUGGCCCUUCCUCUGUGAGAGUCAAGGGGCCCGGAAGAGGUGGCAACCCCUAGGGAAUGAAGCUGAAGCCAGAGUCAGGCCUGAGGAGGAGGAGGAGCCACGGAUGGAGAUGCGGCUCCGGGAUGCACCUCAUCACUUCAAUGCAGCGCUGCUACAGCUGGGCCUCAAGUACCUCUUUGUCCUUGGUAUUCAGAUUCUGGCCUGUGCCUUGGCAGCCUCCAUCCUCCGCAGGCAUCUCAUGGUCUGGAAAGUGUUUGCCCCCAAGUUCAUUUUUGAAGCCAUGGGCUUUAUUGUGAGCAGCGUGGGACUUUUCCUGGGCAUAGCUUUGGUGAUGCGAGUGGAUGGUGCCGUGAGCUCCUGGUUCAGACAGCUAAUUCUGGCCCAGCAGAGGUAGCCUAGGCUGCAAAUGCUGGCUUGUGGCCACAGGGAGAGCUGGAGAACAAUCUAGCCUGGCCUAUAUAGGUGCUGGAUCAUCUGCAAGAGAGGCUUAGUCGCACUUCUGACCACCAUGCAGCCAAGAGCUACUGACAUCUGGGACUUCAUUAUUUUAUAAUUCAAAAUCAUAGUGGGGCCUGCUCCCUAACUCCUGCUUUGGAGGGUAGCCUCCAAAGGAGAAUAAAAUAAUAAUGUAAAUGUGUUUCUGAGAGGUGGGGGAGCCCCCACUGUCCUACAGGGACUGAGGAGGUUUACUCUCCCCUCCCACAAAGCACAGAUGACACCAGCCAUCUUAUGCAGACCUAGCUACACCUGAAAACCUUUGGGAAGUUGUUAAAGUUGUCUGAAUUCGUUUCCCCUACUUCUUCUCAAAUCACUCUUGUUAUCCCACCUGCGGGGUUUUUUUUUUUUGUUUUUUGUUUUGUUGUUUUUUUUUUUGCCAUGUAACAUAUUUUAUUAAAUUCUUAUGCUUUGGCUGAUAGUAGAGAUGGCUGGAAAGACAAGCCCAGGCUCAUGGAGUACACAGACUCACUGUCUAAAACCCCAAACAGUGCUGUAUUCCCUCCUCUAUUGGGUUCUUUCACUCCAGGACACCCUUUGCCCUUCACUUCUGUGGAGGCCACCCUAGUUUUCCAACCUUUGCUGUUCAUUUAUGAGACCUCAUUGCCCGUCUUACAUAGCAUUGCAUCUUGUCCCAUUGAUUAUUCAUGAUUUGAAGCCACAAGUAUAAAUCUAAUACAUGUCUCUUGUGUUCUCCAUCUACUGUGUCACAUUGAAGUGCUGCCAUGAAAUUCUCAUGGAAAUGUCCAUCAAAGGAAUGUAUUGGGGGAGGCUCUGCAAAGGGUCAGGCCUGGGAUUUGAUGUUUGAGAAUGCCCAGGACAAGAGGAGGUGAAACAACUGAAAGAGAACAGAUGGCAAAUUGGAGAAUAGCACUUUUACUUGGCAGAAAGAAGUCAGGCUGAGUAGUAGUGAUUAUGAAGGAAAGAUGUUCACUGCUAUGGUAGCUAAAGGAAGAGUUGGAAUUAUUAAUGGCUAAGGGUCUCUAGGGCUACAGAGGCCACAGGGAAAGAUGAUGAGAUGUGUAUACUGUUUCAGGCAGUUAGAGGAUUGGACAUUGGUAUCCCUGGCAGGAAUAGGUUUCAUAACACAAGAGAAGUUAGGCCCCAACCAAGACUGAAAGAUUAGAACAAAGUCCCUUUGCCUCCUUCAGUCUGGCAGACAUCAUUCCCAAGCAUCAUUUAAUAAGCACACUACCUCUGUGAGAAGAAAAGACACUUUUCCAUUCCUAGGACCCGGGGGAAGGAUUUCAGACUCUAGUCCCUCACCUUGUCUUAGGUUCCACCCCCUCCUUUUCCUUUUUGUCAGAGAGCCUUCUCUGGAGCCUAAGGGAAAUCUGCCGAUCUGCCAGCCAUUGGCUAUUUCCUUUUCUUCUGGUCUAACUAUAAGAUCCUUUUGCAGAAAGAUAUAUUAUUAAAAAUUCUUAUCCCUGCCUCUUCCUUGACAUCAAGGUGCCCUUUCCACACUAACUUAUUUUUUUUAAAGCUUUAUUGGGGUAAAUUCACCAUAAAAUUCAGCCAUUUAUUUUUAUUUUUUUAUUUUUUUAAUUCAGCCAUUUAAAGUGUAUAAUUUAAUAAUUUUUGGUAUAUUCUCAGAGUUGUACAAUUGUUACCACAGUCAAUUUCAGAACAUUUUCAUCACCCCCAAAAGAAAUUAUCAGUACGUUUUCCUAUCACCCUCCAAUCUUCCCCACCUCCAAUUCCUAACCUUAGGUAACCACUAAUCUGCUGACUGUAUUUUCUAUUCUGAACAUUUUAUAUAAAUAGAAUCCUACAAUAUGUGUC